GCGCUCCUGUCAGUGAGGCGCCCGCUAUUCUGUUGUUAUCGACCGAGGCGGUUUUCUCUGUCUCCGCCGAGGAACGUUCAUUCCCACCGCAAAAAAAAAUUAAUACCCGUCAAUAAAAAGAAAUCGAUGUGAUCUAUUUGGAAGCGGGGAGGCAGGGGAGGGGGAAAUGUCCAAAGAGUCGAGGAGCAGGCGAAGGGAGUUUGCGCCGGCCUUUUUGGGCGGCGGCGAUAGUCGCGAGCGGAGCGGGCAACGGCAGCCUGGAGCCGGCGUCGAGUCCCGGGACAGGCCGGGGCCAAAGAUGGGGCCUGCCGGUGACGAGCGGGAACGAUCGGGCAGCGGCAGCUCGGGAUCCUCGUACGGGGGCAAAGGCAAGAGCCCGGCAGGGAGCGGCAGUUCCAAGGCCUCAUUCCAGAGAUCCAACAGUCAUGAUAAAGUUCGCAAGAUAGUUGCACAAGAAGGGCGAGCGGCCAGGAACCUAAUUGCAUGGAGCGUUCCCUUGGAAAAUAAAGAUGAUGAUGGAAGGUCCAAGAUACACAACAGUGGAAAAAUACGAGAAAGUGUUAAGUCGCAGCGGUCUGCUCUGGCUUCUCAGAGGGCCAUAAAACAGGCUGCUUCAACAGAAAAAUCCUCGUUAAGCACUGUUAGGGAGAAGGUCGUAGUGGAGAAGAGUCCAACAAAGGGUAGACAACCCCGAAAGAUUGACUUACGGGCUCGCUACUGGGCAUUUCUUUUCGAUAAUCUCAGACGAGCAGUGGAUGAAAUUUAUGUCACGUGUGAGUCAGACCAGAGUGUGGUGGAAUGUAAGGAAGUGUUGAUGAUGCUGGAUAACUAUGUGCGAGAUUUCAAGGCAUUGAUAGAUUGGUUGCAGCUGCAGGAAAAGUUAGAGAAUACAGAUGCACGGAACAGACCCACAUCGCUGGCUUGGGAAGUGAGGAAAAUGUCCCCAGGGCGACAUGUUAUGCCAAGUCCACCAACGGACAGAAUUUGCACAACGUCAAGUGCCCGAAGGAGUUUAAACUUUGGAGCUCCUAAUACGAUGGGCGCUCCUCCAGCUUUGGUAGCAGCUCGUCUUGCUCCAACUGGUGUCAGUUGGGCAGACAAAGUCAAAGCUAAUCGGGCAAAUAUUGUUUCUCCAAAACAUAGCCGAAACAACUGUCAAAAAUCUUCACAGCGGAGCAGAUUGCAUCCAAAUGAAAAGAAAGAUACCGAAGGAUGGGAAACAGUACAGCGUGGAAGAGCUACCCGAUCACGUUCUGCCACAAUGGCUGCAAAUGCUUCUACUAAGACUUCAGACAUGAUGUACCUGAGUCUUAAGGAUGACAGUGAUAAAGAAAACGGGCUCUCAGUCUCCCAGAAUAGCAAAAUAGACUUUGAAAGUAGCCCUAGUUCUGAGAGCAUGACAGAUUCACCAGAAAAGUUAAUUAACAGGAAUGAAGACACCUCUAUAGAUGUCCUCAAGCACACAGCAAACAUGUCUGCAGAUCCAGUGCAGCCUGAUAAUGUGCCUUUGCAAGACAAGUCUUGGCAGCAGGAUACAGACUCUAUUGAAAGUGAAAGAGAUGUCGCCUGUCUGUCAGAAGAUGUAAAUGUGGAAGCAAUACCUGUCAUUUCUGUACAAGAACCAACUUCAUCAGACACUCCAAAACUGGAACCUGACGUGGAUCUCUCUGGCGAUCUUUCAAAUCAAUCUAUGGCAGCAGUCCUUGCCAAAGGAGAGGAACUGGCAAACCGUCUGGAAAAGGAGAAUGAAGAAGCGAUUGCUAAUGCUAUAGCUGAGGAAGAACAAUUAACAAGAGAAAUACAGGCUGAGGAAAACAAUGACAUAAACAUAGAGACUGACACUGAAAGCGAGCUCACAGCCAGCAUGAAUAGCGGCAGCUUGUCUCUCUAUAGUGUUUCCUCACAAUCUCAAAAUCUGGACUGGAAUGAUGUCCUUGCAGAAUAUGAAGCACGUGAGCCUUGGCGUCAGAGUACUUCAUGGGGGGAUAUUGUGGAGGAGGAGCCAGCACGACCACCUGGACAUGCCAUCCAGAUGCACGAAAAGCUUUCCUCACCAUCGAGGAAAAUGACAAUUGCAGAAUCAAAAAAGAAACAUGAGGAAAAGCAGCUGAAAGCCCAACAACUUCGUGAAAAACUACGAGAGGAACAGACACUGAAAUUGCAGAAGUUGUUGGAGCGAGAGAAGGAAGUACGAAAGUGGAAGGAGGAGCUGCUGGAGCAGAGGAGGAAAAUGAUGGAGGAGAAACUGCUUCAUGCUGAGCUGAAACGGGAGCUCCAGCUGCAAGCAAUCGUGAAGAAGGCACAAGAGGAAGAAGCUAAGGUUAAUGAAAUUGCUUUCAUCAACACAUUGGAAGCUCAAAACAAGCGUCAUGAUGUUCUUGCAAAGCUGAAAGAGUACGAGCAGCGGCUGAAUGAAUUACAGGAAGAACGACAUCGUCGGCAAGAGGAGAAGCAAGCACGGGAUGAGGCUGUGCAGGAACGCAAGAGAGCACUGGAGGCAGAGCGUCAGGCCCGUGUGGAAGAACUAAUGUUGAGGAGGAGAGAACAGGAGGCAAGGAUUGAGCAACAGCGACAAGAAAAAGAGAAAGCAAGGGAAGAUGCAGCACGUGAAAGAGCCAGGGAACGAGAGGAGAGGCUGGCUGCGCUGUGUGCAGCUCAACAAGAAGCUAUGGAAGAACUACAAAAGAAAAUACAACUGAAGCAUGACGAGAGCAGUCGGAGGCAUAUGGAGCAGAUCGAACAACGAAAAGAAAAAGCAGCUGAGCUUAGCAGUGGGAGACAUGCUAACACUGACUACGCACCCAAACUUACACCAUAUGAACGAAAAAAACAUUGCUCCUUGUGCAACGUGUUGAUCACCUCUGAGGUCUAUCUCUUCAGCCACAUAAAAGGGAGAAAACAUCAGCAAGCUGUGCGGGAGAAUAGCAGCAUUCAAGGACGGGAACUGUCAGAUGAAGAAGUGGAGCAUCUAUCCUGCAAGAAGUACAUUACAGACAUUGUAACUGAGACCUGUGUGCACCCUGAGACAUCAAAGGAUGCAGAAGAGAAGCAGAAAGUCAGGAAGAAGGCCAAGAAACUUCGAGCACGCAUGAACUCCAGGGGCAAAGAGUAUGAAAGCUCACUGGAAGCCAAAGUUCAGAUUCCAGAUUCGCCCUUCAAAGCCAAACUUCAGAGAUUAGUGAAAGAUCUCCUGAAACAGCUGCAAGGACAGGAUAGCGGACCUUGGGCAAAUAACAAGGUAUCUUCGCUUGACAGGACUCUGGGAGAAAUCAGUCGCAUUCUGGAGAAACAGAAUAAUGCAGAUCAAAUCGGAUUCCAAGUUGGUGGAGGUCUAACUGCUCUUGAGCAAAUCCUUCAAGUUGUGAAUACAGUUUCCAGCCCUAAUAUUUCUCCUCGGAUUCCAGUCAAAUCCCUGUGCAAUGUGAUUAAUGCAUACUGCUUUGCCUGUCGUAGCUGCUAUGACAACUGCUUCUAUGUUCUGUUCAGUAACAAGAUCACCUUUUUAAUGGAACUGCUGCUGCAUCAAUUGACGCUUUUUGUUCCAGCUGAAGACGAGGCUAUCAUUGGAAAGAGUGUGAGCAAGCAGGUGUUUGAAGGGCUGACCACAGGGCUCCUGCACACCUGUGCUACUGUGCUUGGGUGCUUGGCCAACCAUCUUCCUGAGGCCAACAGCCAUCCUGGGACACCUAAGAAAUCUGGGCAAGAAACAAAAUAUAACCUUUCACAGAGUGAGCUCUGCAUCAGCAGGGUUCAGGAUCUCAUCAGCUAUGUGGUAUAUACUGGACUCACUGAUAAGUUGUAUAGCUGUUUCCUCUCAAUACAAGGGCCCGUUGAUGAUCAACCUAAAAUUGCCUCCUUUCUACAAAACGUUACAGCCCUGCUUCACAGUAUGUGUCGGCUUUGCUUUGCUCUUGUCAAUCGGUCACAAGGUAUAUUUGAGAACAAGAGGCAGGACCCCACUGGUCUGAUUGCAGCACUGCAAUCUACAGAGCUGGUGGGUGUUCUCAACAUGCUUUACUGCAUCCUCCUUCAUGGUAUAAUCCCAGACCAUAACAUUUCCGCGCCUGCAGAAACCUACCCACAGCACACCAUUCACGUCGCAAUCCAGAGUCUUCGCUUUCUGAACAGUUUUGCAUUUUUGGAUCUUCCCACUUUUCAGUCUGUGUGUGGCGCUGAGGGCCUGUCUCUGGCAUUCCGCCACAUUGUCAGCUCGCUACUGUGGUACUGUUACCAUCAUACCUGUGAAGACCUGCUGCAUGAAGUCAUCGUCUGCGUAGGCUAUUUCACCGUAAACCAUCCUGACAAUCAGUUAACAGUGCAAUCUGGCCGCCAUCCCACAGUUCUUCAGAAACUCUGCCAACUACCUUUUCAGUACUUUAGUGAUCAACGAUUGAUCAAAGUCCUGUUUCCAACACUGAUAACAGCUUGUUACAACAACCCACAGAACAAAGUCAUCUUGGAGCAGGAGAUGAGCUGCAUUCUGUUGGCUACCUUUAUCCAGGAUUUUGCGCAGAGCUUGAGUCAGUCUGACAAUAAGACUUCUCAGCAGAAAGAGAGAAUUCCUGGAGCUCAAGACUACCUUGAUUUCUCUAACAGGUUCCCCAGGGAGAUGUGGGAGGAUGCCCGGAAAUUCUUUUUAAAUAAAGACACAAUUUGCUAAGAAUAAAACAGAUUUGGGAAAGGGUGAAAAAUACCCAACACCACAAAAUAUUACUUGAUUUAUAAAUUAGUCUUGUAAUUCAUUCAUUGACAUUAUGUUCUAGAAUGUUCUUAUAUUUGAU